AAGAAGCCUCAGAGGAGGUAUGUGUUCAGUUGUUGAAACCCUUAGCCUAAGGAUACAAGCUGAGAUCACAAACUCCCUUGCAGCCACAGAAAAAGCACUCUGAGAAUAUCUCUGCAUCACAGAUAAAGGCUGGACUUAAUCCCUGACCUUAUCCAGCUGUUGUUGACCCUUCUUCUUGACGUCUCUGCCUGUUGGGCUCCUGUUUGGUCCUGCCUAUCUGGGUGUGCAGAGCCAUGAAGAUCCCACUGUGGUGCCUGCUGGUUCUGCUUCCAUGUUUCUUCACCCCUGGACACAGUGACUGCCAGGGAGCGUGUGUGGCCUGUGGUCUGCUCCUGGAGCAGCAGCAGCAACUGCAUCAAGCCUUCAACACCAUGGCGUGCUUGUUGGAGUGCAAGGGUCAGGUCUCCUCCUCGCUCACCUGGGAGUUGUGUGAAAGCGCCCUAAAGCUUGCCAUCUACCCUCCAUUUGCCGAGGAAGGCGCCCUGCUCAAAAGCACGGUGGGAGAGCUGCAAAUGACCUCUCUGGAUCUGACCUCUGAUAGUGAACUGCAAUCUGCAGCCGCGCAACCUUUCCAAGAGGAGAAUGAGGACCUGGAUGAGGCCCCGUUUGAGCCGCGCCGUGUCCAGUAUGACUCAUCUCUGCUCGAAUCCUCGGAGGCGGGGGAGGACGUGCAGAGUCUGGCUCUCCAUCUGGAUGACGGAGAAGGCGAGCAGAGGGAAAGUGGGAAUGUCAGCGAGCAGGAUGAAAGCUCAAAGGCCGUUAGCUUAUCCAAACGCUUUGGCGGCUUUCAGCGGGGCCGCCACGGUUACAGGAAGUUGAUUGGCUCCCCCGCGAGACACCUACAGAAGCGUUACGGAGGCUUCAUAGGCGUCCGUAAAUCUGCCCGAAAAUGGAACAGUCAGAAACGGGUCAACCAGCUGCUCAGGCAGUACCUUGGCAUGAGGAGCAGCCGCAGCGGCCGCUUCAACAUCUACCCGGUAACAAGAGUGUGGAGGCAAAACAAACUGUAAACAUGUUGCCCAAAAUCCUGCUCCGCAUACCUCAACCAAUCAUCUUUUCAACAGUCUGAACUGUGACUUCCUCCAUUGUCAUCAGCUCUUUGUGUCCAACAAGUAAAACAAGGAAUGCUUUGACCAUGAUCAAUAUUUAACAUGCCGUCCUGUGAAAUAAAAGAAUUAGAGAAGUGCAA